GGUGCUUCCCCAUUUUCGGUAGGAAAAUCCACGCCCACCAUCGACAUUAAUUUGUUCCAUGCCUCCACCGGCCAUGUCAACGAAUUCUUGAUGCGUGAAACGGCCAAGCAGCAGGGCGUACGAUUGGUGGGGGAGAUGCAGCCGUGUGUGGGCUGCGUGGAAGCGAAGGGUAGGCGGGCCCCGGUGCCGCGGCGUGGCAUCCGCGCGGCGGUACCGUUCGGCAAAGUCCACAUCGACCUCACGGGCCCGUUCUCUGACGCGUUGGACGGCUCCCGGUAUCUGAUCAUGUUCGUGGACAGCGCAUCGCGGUGGCAACGGGGGUACGGGAUGCGGGCCAAGAGCGACACCCUGAAGUUCGUGCAGCGGUUUCUCGCCGACAUGAACGGCAUGGGCACUCCGGGG